AUGACUUCAAUGGAAGGCAGCGCGUGGUGCGCGCGCGACAUCUCUCUCCGUGCGCAGAAGAAGUUCCUGUCGCGGGUUGGUGGCGCGGCCAGUGCGCGUUCUUUAGUACUUGACGAGCAUGCCGCCAAACUACUUGAUCAGUUUUUGACAGUACUUCGCCAGAGGGUGGAGAAACGUGAAGCGGAGAAGUUAGUGAAGCACGUUAUCAAAUCAGCAGUUAAACUAGGUGUUCUGCGACGUCACAAUCAAUUGUCUGCCGCGGAUGAGCGAGCAUUGGAAGCCUUCCGCUCCAAAUUCCAUACCGUGCUGAUGGCUGUAGUAUCUUUUUGCGAAGUUGAUUUCUCUUACGACCGCGGUUUUCUCCAAGACGCACUUCGCGAAGCUCAUCAAUCCCUUAAGUCAGUAGUUGAGCGACACCUGACAGACAAAUCAGUGUCACGGCUUGCCGGUAUAUUCGCUCUCGCAUCACGAGGUGAGCUCCUAGAUUCUCUGUUCGCAGGCCAGGUCGAUGAGGACGUUCUCAAACUAUCCAGGAUGCUUCGGAAGGAACUAGACAGAGGCCUUCUAUAA